AUGGAAAAAUGUCAUGUGGUAAUCAUACUUCAGUCAAUGGGUGCAAUUAAUGAAUCCUCCGUUUCUUCUUCUUCCCCUAAUCACUGGAUUUCUGAAAUAAGAAAGACUUUUUCCGAUAUCCCUUUAUCAAAAACAGAUGAUAAUACACUCAUCAAUAUCUUGUUGGAACGAUCUGUCUCUGUACUAUAUGUGGUUGAUUGUGCUAUGUCACAUUUUAUUGCUGUGAACUUCAUUGGUGGGUUAACUGAUGAACCCUACAAGUUUGACGAAUGCCACCAGUUAGCAUUGGAAGAACUUAGUUGUGAAGGCGAAUAUCCCUUUAGACUUACCAAGUCACUCAGCUUACUUUGGUUAUGCAAACGCUUAUGUAGAAAAAUGUCUUCAGUUUCUCAAACGCUAUCGUUCCUAUAUCAUCUAAACUACUUAAAAUGCGUUUACUUGCAUCAAUAUCUGAUUGGUGAUGAAAGAUCACCAAAGUUAAAGAGUGAAUUUCAGGAGAUUGUCAGUGCAUGUGAAGAAGAUGUCAACAGUGCUUCUGCUGAGGAUUUGAUUCACUACUUAAUGAUAUCUUCAUAUUUAAGCGCUUUUUAUUACGAAUACGAAAAGUCAAAAAUUUUUGCAUCAAGAUGCGCUGAAUAUUUGAAUAUAGACGUAAAGUUCAGUGGUGCUUUGGGUAAAUGCACCAAAUUCCAAGAGAAGGAAGUUGCAAAUCUUACCGUCAAAGUUAACAGAAUAUUAGAAAAUAAAGUUAACGAGAACCAAAGUAACUGCGCCCUUCCACAGAUUGUAUCACUUAAUGAUGAUGUACUUCUUAACAGUGUUGCAUUCGUGGAGAUCGAGGAGCAAAACUACCUCUCUCAUCUAGAACAGUCUUUUAUUCUAUUACUGUGUGAACUUCAUCGUCUCAACUGUCCACGAGAUGAUCUAACUGCACAACAAUGCUUAGCUUAUAUUAAUACUGUUAUUCGACGAGUGUAUCCAGAUUCGAAAAGUGAGACAAAGAGCGAUUCAUCUUGGCCGAUUGCAACAGAAAUGCUGUUCAGAAGAAGCUUACUUGAACACAAUUCUGUUCGGAGAACCGAACGGUCAUUGUUUCAGUUAGAGGAGUUAUGUAGUCAGUUUGCGCGUACUAGUCCACCGCUCUCAGAAAGAUCUGUUAACAGCUUCUUUUUUUCUAGGAUGCCUUCUAUUUGGACUUUACAAAUUGAGCAAGGUCGACUACUUAUGAAGGUAGGCUGUUAUAAGAGCGCUCUGGAUAGCUUUCUGCUAUGGGAUAAAUGGUCGGAAAUAAUUGAAUGCUACACACAUUUAAACAAAAGAGAAAAAGCGGAGGAAGUGAUUCGUUCUCGCUUGAAUACUGGAGAAGAGUCUGCUGAUUUAUACUGUGGACUUGGAGACAUAACCAGUGAUCGUCAGUAUUAUUUUAAAGCAUGGGAUGUUUCUAAUCACAAAUCAUCCCGAGCUAUGCGUAGUUUAGCUGUUGUAUACAUGUACACAGAUAAGGAUUACACUAACGCAAUAAAGUGUUUUCAAAAGUCACUGGAAAUAAACAAUAUGCAGGUUAACCUAUGGUUCACAUUUGGAUGUUGCUGUCUUCAAGCAAAGGAGUAUGCACAAGCUGAGAAGGCUUUUCGUUCUUGUGUUCGCUUAGAUGUCGAUAAUUUUGAAGCCUGGAAUAAUUGUGCUACUGCUGUUUUAUUACAAGGAAAAAAAAAUAUAGCACUGAAACUGAUGAAAGAAGCAUCCAAAUAUAGCUUUGAAAACUGGCGUAUUUGGGAAAAUAUUCUGUUGAUAAGCGCCGAAACGAAAAGUUUUCAAGAUACAAUAUACGCCUAUAAUCGUCUAUUGGAUAUACAUGGGAAGUAUGCAAAUGCUGAGGUUCUCGGUAUUAUGGUUAAAGCCGUCAUUGAAAAUGAAAGCGAUUGUACAGGAACUCCUGCAAGUAAUAUACGUAGCAAGUUACUUGAACUGUUUGGUCGAGUGACAGCAACUACACCGACGGAUGCUUCAGUAUGGGAUGAAUACGCACAACUUUUGUUUGAUGAAACCCCUCAGACGAAUUGCACCACUUAUCAGCGUGUCUUUCAGUGUCUUCAAACUGCCCAUCGUUGCCGUGUACAACCAAGUGAGGGACCAUGGGAGCAAAAUACAGAUAAACGUGAAGCGGUUGUUAAUGGUUUAAGGGUUUUAGCUUAUUUGUUAGAUAAUCCACCAAAAUUGGACGAUGACAAUAGUGAAUCGCAAAGAAGACUUGACGCUUUUAUUCAAUCCAGUCUGGCUAGUCUACGGAUAAGUGUAAACUCAGUGAUUGCCAAACUGAAAGUCGCUGAAGAAUCACUCAUUUCAGUAGAUGUUCGAAAGAUGA